UUAUUUUGUGUGGUUUUGUUGUUGUUUUGUUUAUUAUGCAUUUGUUUUUUAUUGUUUGAGUUGGCGAGUUUGUGCGUUACAUUAAAUCCAAACCAUUUCGGCAGACGUGGUUCGCAAUCGCGGUUAAUAAUUGCAUGGCGGGAAUUAAAGUUAAAUAAGAAAAUGUGCGACAAGUCAAUAGCAAUACAAACGAACAAUUAUUGCUAACGUUAUCGGGCCAAGGCACAAAAACAUUCCAUGCAUCAUCAACAGCGCCUGCGGGCAAAUGGUGGACGCGGAGGAUCCGGAUUGGUUUCAGGAUCGGGAACCGGAAUGGGAACGGGAGGACAUCCGCCCCUGUGCGCCCAUUGCCGGGGUCAACUGCUGCCCCAUCCGGAGGAGCCCAUCGUGAUGGCCUUGGGCCAGCAAUGGCACUGCGAUUGCUUCCGCUGCUCCGUUUGCGAGGGCCACCUGCACAACUGGUACUUCGAGCGCGAGGGACUACUGUACUGCCGGGAGGACUACUACGGCCGGUUCGGUGAUGCCUGCCAGCAGUGUACGGCCAUUAUUACCGGGCCCGUCAUGGUCGCCGGCGAACAUAAAUUCCAUCCAGAGUGCUUCUGCUGCACAGCAUGUGGCUCCUUCAUCGGCGAGGGUGAAUCGUAUGCGCUGGUCGAGCGAUCGAAGCUCUACUGUGGCCAGUGCUACGGCAAGCGUUCCUGCCAGCCGGCGGAUGCCAAGGCGCGGAUCACGACGGCCGGCAAGCCGAUGCACUCCAUCCGGCUGGUCGAGAUCCCCAAGGACGCCACCCCGGGCCUGAGGGUCGACGGAGUCGCCCUGGACGACGGCUGUCCCACAGUCCGCAUUACAGACCUGUUCUGUAACUUCUUCUUUUGGCUGACCUCGGUGGCGGAACAGUGCUGUGGGGCGCCAUAUAGGAUCGAUGUAAAUCUUACGAAUUUGCACAUUGGCGAUCGCAUACUGGAGGUGAACGGCACGCCCGUUAGUGAUUCCUCAGUGGAGCAGAUCGAUAAACUGAUCCGCAGCAAUGAGAAGAUGCUCCAGCUGACGGUGGAACAUGAUCCGGUGCAAGUGUGCCGCUCCUGCAGCCAGGCGGACAUCCAAAGGGCCAUGUCUGCGUCCACACUCAUCCUGCCGCUCAGCACAUCGGCAUCCAGUGUGGAGGUGGGCAGGGAGCGGCUCUACAAGACACCGGGCGAACAGGGAUCGAAGGCCAGGAAACUGAGGCAAGUCACCAAUGUCUCAACCACCAUACCACCGCCAGCCGCCGCCACCACCGCCGCCGGAGGAGGAGCUAUCGCAAUGACGCAACUGAAGGAGAAGGAGCGCUGCUCCAGUCUCUCCAAGUUGCUCGAUGAACAGCAUCAGGCGCAACAGCAUUCGGCCCACCCGCAGCUCUACGAUCUGUCCAGAACGCAAUCCUGUCGUGUGGUCCAGAAACCCCAGCGGAUCUUUCGUGCAUCGGAUCUUGUGAUAGGCGAAAAGCUGGGCGAGGGCUUCUUUGGCAAGGUGUUCAAGGUGACCCAUCGGCAGAGUGGCGAGGUGAUGGUACUCAAGGAACUGCAUCGUGCCGACGAGGAGGCCCAAAGGAAUUUCAUCAAGGAGGUGGCCGUCCUUCGUCUGCUGGACCAUCGGCAUGUGCUCAAGUUCAUUGGUGUGCUGUACAAGGAUAAGAAACUGCACAUGGUCACGGAAUAUGUGGCCGGCGGUUGUCUCAAGGAGCUUAUCCACGAUCCAGCGCAGAUUCUGUCCUGGCCGCAGCGCGUCUGCCUGGCCAGGGAUAUUGCCUGCGGCAUGAGCUACCUGCACUCGAUGAACAUCAUCCAUCGCGAUCUGAAUUCGAUGAAUUGCCUGGUGCGCGAGGAUCGAUCGGUUAUAGUGGCGGACUUUGGACUGGCACGCAGUGUGGAUGCACCGCGCCUGCCCGGUGGAGUGUCAUCCACGGACCGCGGUGGCAAUAUGACGCCGGGCGGUUAUGGUUCAGGAGCUGGCAGCGAUGCGGCCAUGUCGCCGAGCGGAACUCUGAGGCGCAGCAAGAGCAGGCAGCGCCGGCAGCGGUACACCGUGGUGGGCAAUCCCUACUGGAUGGCGCCCGAGAUGAUGAAGGGCCUCAAGUACGACGAGAAGGUCGACGUCUUCUCCUUCGGCAUCAUGCUGUGUGAGAUCAUUGGCCGAGUGGAAGCCGAUCCCGAUUUCAUGCCCCGCAACUCAGACUUCAGUCUCAAUCAGCAGGAGUUUCGUGAGAAGUUCUGCGCCCAGUGUCCGGAGCCUUUCAUAAAAGUGGCCUUUGUGUGCUGCGACCUCAAUCCGGAUCUGCGUCCUUGCUUCGAAACCCUGCACGUGUGGCUUUUGCGGCUGGCCGACGAUCUGGCCGCCGAGCGUGUGCCACCCGAGCGCCUGCUGCACGAGAUCGAGACCUUCCAUGAGUGGUAUGCCAGCUCCGAGGAUGCCCUGUCACCCACCUCCCAGCGCAGCUUGAAUAACCUCGAUGAGCUGGUGAAGAUUGCGGCGGAAUCGGAAGUUUCCAGCGUGGAAAAGGAGAAGGAGAACCUGGUGAUCAAGCCGCAGGAUAUACCCAAAUCGCCGCAUCUCGGCAAGGAUUUCUCGCCGAGUGGCGAGCGAUUGCGUGACAGUAUGCGGGCCAGGCGUCGCCAGCGCUUUCUGGGCGCCCAGGAGGAGCGUCGUAAUCUCACCCCCGAGACCGAGUCCAAGGAGAGGGCUUUGAAGAAGGCCUUGAAGAAGUGUCGCCCGUUUGGCGAACGAGGUUACCUGGUGGACCUGCGACCCGGGGCCGAACUGCAGCUGCAGGAUGUAAGGGAUUUGAACACCUAUUCCGAUGUUGAUUCCAGCUGCGAUACGAGUUUGAAUUACCACGAAGUGAACAAUUUGCCAGCCCCGCAAGAGGAUGAGAAGCCCGUCGUCGAGCAGGCGACCAAGGAGGAACUGAACGAGAGCACAAACAGAGCCGAUCCCCAGCACCAUCGCCUGGCCAUCGACGAUAUGCGCAAUCGGUUGCAUCAGUGCCGCAGCAAGUUCGAGCAUUUGGAGGAGGCCAGCAGGCGGAACUUCAACCAGUCGCAGCACUCUAUGAGGAACUUUUUUAAGACACCCCCCGUGGCCCUUAAGAUGUUCCAGCGCUUGGAGCACGAGGCUGCCGCCCUGAAUGGUGGCAAUAAUUGCCCACCGCCGCCACCGCGCACUCAGCGCAUCAAUCAGACGCCUAUAUUUGGAAGAAAGAAUCCGCCCGUGUCGAUGGUGGGGCAAAAACUGCAGCAUGCCGAAUCCCUGGAGAACCUGGCCACCAGCGGCGUUGGCAAACAGUUGGCCACACCAGCGCCGAAGAGGAGCAAGGCCACGGCGACGACGACAAAGAGCCAGAUCAGUAGUAGCACCAGCAGUAGUACCAACCCGCCACUCUUCCUGCCGCCCACCUUGAAUAGCAAUGGCAAUGUGACCAACACCACCACCACCACCGCCGCUAGUUGUCCACCAACCGCCUCGGAUUGGCUGCCCAAGAAGCACAAGCUGACGCUGCCACUUCCGCCGCAGCUGCCAACACAGCGGGCAAGCAACAAUCAUCGCCAGCCCACGAGCAAUGGCAAAGGAAAGCCACUAAAGGCGCCGCCAAGUCGCCAGGCCCAAGGAAACCCCGCCAGCAACUGCGUCUCUCCCACCAGAAGCAACCGCCCCGGGUCGCCCAGCAAGCAUCUAGCCCAGAGGCACACCGCUGCCACGGCCCAGCGAUUGACAAAUGCGGUGGCUGCUCACCAACAGCAGCAGCAGCAACAGUCCUCGAAGACGACGCGCCUGAACAUCCUGAGUCCGGAGAAGGUACAUCGCCUGGGAGCCCGCCUCAGCGAUCAGAAGCAGAAGAUGCGCGAGGAGGCAGCGGCGACAGCCUCAUCCCUUGGAGCAAUAGGAGCAGGAGCAGGAUCUGUGGCCUCGACAGCGGCGGGUUCUUUGAAUGGUCACCUGCAGGGUCAUCGAACUGGGACCGCCGGAUCGGCGAGUCCGGCGGGCAUGGAAAGGAGAAGGCGGGCCGCACCACCGCCACCCGUUCGCACGCAUUUCAAUACGCGCUGCUAGCCCUGGAUAUUGGCCAUACGCUAUAUACUCCAUGUACUCGGUUGUCAAGUGUUGUGCGCAAUUUAUUGUUCCACUCAGGAAGCUGUUGUUUUACUGACUAACUGUCGUAAUAAGCCCAACUUUUUUCACAAUGUAACUGUUGUAAGUCGUAAUAACGUUCACAUUUGUACUUUACAAAAAGAAACUAUCCAUAUUCCUAGUAUAGCCCGAAAUUUCUGUAACAUUUUUCCAUAGUCAUUCUGUAUAACAUGACAUUUUGUAUAA